AUGCAUGUAGAAACGGCUCAGGUGCAUGGUCGUUUUAGUGAGCAGUUUUAUUCGUUUAUAGAGUCCUCAAUCAAUGAAAAUCAAAUAAAUGAGUCUUUGUAUGACACUUCAUCAAACGAGGAUGAGUCCGUUUCUACAGGGGAUUCGUCUCAUUCUGCUCCAGACACUGAGGAGAUUCCUGCCUCGAUUGUGGAUCAACGUCCAAGUCAACAAAAUCUUCCCCAAGAUACUGAGGGUGUGGAGACUCAUAUUCCUCAACUCACUGAAGUGAACUCUCAAGAGGUGUCUGGCUCGAUUGUGGAACAACGUCCAGUUCAACAAAGAACCAGACGAAAUGCCAGAGUGUCUGCCGACCGACGAAUACAGUUACUCUUAACAUCCACUGACGAUCAGGAUGACGAAAAUUAUACUCCCCGUCAGACUAAGACAAAAAAGAAAAAGCAACAGGGAAAGCUGUCAGAAAGUAUAAGAAGAGAAUUAAAGAGUUUACGGCGCUCUAUUAAUGAACUAAAAAUUCUCUAUGGGGGAGUGUUAGACACAUUAAGAGAAAUGAGAGAUAAUGAAUAAAAAGAUCUAAAUAUAAAGAUCUGCAUCAUUAAAAU